UUAUGUUUUUAAUUUGUCAGCUAUCUUUGUCACGUUAACUUCUGGCAACACUUCAUGAAGAACUAUUGUGUCAAAUUUGAGUCUGGGUAAAACAAGUCGACCGUUGAACAUAAAAUUAAAUAAAUGGAAGAUUCAGCGUUACCGUCAAAGUAAAACGUCGGUCAGACAUUUAACGUGAAGUUCACCAACGUUGUCCUCCACGUGCUGCGUGACACGGCUGCCACCUGCGCAGAGUUCAUUUAAAGGCUGGUACUCGAGCCGAGCUAUGCAAAGCUAACGGCAGGCUAUGUGGAUGCUGCAAAGCUGAAUAUACCCACGUGGACAUGCAGCGGUACCGGUGGCCAGGUUAUGAGAUGCAGCUUCUUGGGGGGCUGCAGAAACAACAAAACAAUGCCCAAUUCUGUGAUACCCUGCUGCAAACUGAGGGUAUCUCAGUCCCAACCCACAGUUGCAUCCUCGCCGCUCUCAGUCCCUACCUGUCUCAGAAGCUGUCAGCCUCUCCGUCUCCUCCAUCAGGCCAGAAGCGUCAGCUCCAGCUCCAGGCUGUGAAAUCCCAGACGCUGCUGAAGCUUGUUAGUCUUCUGUACACUGGGGAGCUGGAGGUAAAAGGAAGUGUAGAGCAGGACGAUGUGCUGUCUGCAGCCCGCCAGUUUGGGAUUAGACACCUUGUUAAAGGACAAGAAAAUGGCCAGGGGGAGGGAGAACACCAGGAAAGCAGUUGUAGAGAGAAGGAAGAGGGCAAAGAAAGCCGAAAAAUGCAGGAUGUACAAGUUCAGGCUGAGAUGGCUGGAAAAAGAGAUCCAGAUUCUCCAGUUGAAAGGAGAAGCUGUGAGUCCACAAGCACACAGACUGUUAAAGCUGACGAAAAGACACUGGGUGGUUCUUUUACUCACUCAGCCCAAACUAAACAUCCCUCCCCAGUGCAUGCAUCCUCUGGACCGCUUGAUAAACAUUGUCGCUCCACUGCUUGCCCACAUAUUUCAAGUAUGCACAGUGAAGCACAAAGUGAUGGAGAGUCUACGUUAGACCGACCCGCUGACAGUGUAGCACAUACCACGUCAACUUCAGCUUUGUCCAGCAACAUGAUGACCUUCCCCACGUCCCUUAAUGAUGACUCAAACUCCCUAACGCCUCAGGAAGACGGUGCCCACAUGCAGUGCUCUAAAUGUGGGGAGAGACUACAGGUGUUGGCUAAGGAAGGGACAGGAUUAGAGGAUGGCAAAACAAAUGGCAAAACAGCUGACGAUAGAGAACAUGGAGCUCAGCCGAGCCACAGCAACAGAGAUGAAAUGAUAAGGGAGGACAAAGGAAACUCUACAGUGAAGAGGCAUGCACAUGUAGGGAGUAAGAGCCUGGCUAAGAUGAAGCAGGCGAUGAAGACCACACAGAUUUCUGUCAAGCUGAAGAAGAGGACAGAAGGAGAAGCGUGGGAGGUUGUCAGCAUGCGAGACGCAGACGAGACGUUGUCGCUUCUUACCUCCCUGACACGGGAUGGCUCCUACCACAGAAGGCCACAGGCAGACCUUAGAGACCGAGAGCCUCCUCCCUCCUCUGUCCAGCCUGAGACUCCGAUUCUUCAACCUGCUACCACCAACUCCAUUGAAGCUCCACCUCACCUCAACACCACCUCUGACUCCCAGCUUCCUGGACCUGCAGAGGAGUGUGAUGAGCAGAUAGAGAAGCUGUUGGAGGACAUCAUGAUGGGCCUGAACAUCCUGCCAAACGUGGAGAGGGACUGCAAGAAGUCCCAUUAUCUUCCACCAAACCAUGACGAAGCACCGGCCAUUUGCCAGGUCCCAGUUACAGAGAACGAGCGGCCGCAGAGUCGGGUGCCUGCUGCCGUCCGUGCAGCAGGGCGCGUGUAUUACCAGGAUGUUGGGACACAAAUUGGUCAAUCAUCAACAAAUACAGGUAUGUAUUGUUGUUUUACAGCUCAGAACCAGCCCAGCUGCUCAAGCCUUUCAUCUGUACAGCCGACUUCUGUGCUAACGCAGCAGCAGCAGCAGCAGCGGCGGCGGCGCUUUCCUCAGUAUCACCCAUCUGUCACAUCCAUGGUGCAAAGAGAUGGAAGGAGCCACCAGGGCAUGUCACUGUCCAAAAGUACAAAAUUGUCCAUAUCCUGAAGCACCCACAACACGAUCAGUCAUACCCACAGCUCUCAACUCCAGUGGGCAGAAACUAUUUUCUGCCCUUACAUAUUACCCAGCAUGCCAGGAACCGUCUUCACAACGCAAUCCAAACAUCCUGGAGUUUUUACCCGUGACGAAUGGAAAUGAAGCACAGUCCUCGCAUUCUUUACCUUGCAUGGAUGAUUUACGGCUUCCUUCAUGUCUCUCUCCAUUAGAUCAGCCGACCCUCAACGACUCAACGGACCAAAGCAAUACAAUUCAGACACAGCCAUCUUUUCACAGGCGACCCUGGCUCACAGUAAACCCCGGAUCACUACAGUUUCCUCUCAGUGCCAUCACUCACAAAGCAAAUAAAAGUGCGUCUUUUCCACAGCAUACAAAGCACAGCUGUUUGUUCAAUCCACAAAAUUGGGGAACCCGGGCAGCAUUGUGUACUGGGAAAGAGGUGGAAGAGAGAGGAGCAAUAUCUGCUAGCCAUCAAAAUGUGACAGAACUGAAAUCUGCUCCCAGGAAGAUAAAAUGUGAACAAGGUGACACUAAAGGUGAUGCUGUGGCGCCUAAAAGAAGGAAGAGAAAGUGCACAAGUCAUCCGCAAGAGGCCAGUUCUGUUUUGGCAUUCAAAUGUAUGAAAGUCAGUGAUGAAACCCAAGACCUGAGAGUUUGUUCAGUCAGUUUGUCGAGCAGCAAUGUGUUGGCGAAGGAAAGGGAAAUAACCGCCGGUUCUUCAAACAUACCAAACAAAGUUGUAGGGAAACCAAAUGAGCCGUCAACCAUCACAGACAAUCUGAAUGAGAAAACCAGAGUGCCUAGAGGUCUCAAAUCUGACCCACAGACACGGAUCAGGACCAGGGGCUUUUUAAAAAAAACUCAAGAGACGCCAAGUAACGCGAGCAUAGAAGAUUCAGCUUUAAAACCCGCGACCCCUAGAGCUCAGAUUGUCAAUAAAGAAGGAGUCCCCAAGCGGGGACGCGGAAGGCCACAGAAAACAAAGGUUGAAAAGAGCCCUCCAGAGAACUCUCCUGCCUUGGUGGAAAAAAAGAGCCAGGAUGUGAACAGAGAGGCUCAAAUUAACCGCAAUUUACUGGAGGAGGAGGAGAGUGAACAAAAUAAGAGAAAGUCUAAGAAACUGAGGAAGAAUAGAGGAGUGGAGGCAAUACCACUGAAGAAGACCAGAAGUGCUGAAAGCACUGUCAAGGCUGUGGCAGACGAUAACAAUGAAGUAAUCCCAGCAGGAAGGAAACUUGGGACACCCAAACAGCCUCAGAUGGUCAAUCUGAAGGAGUUUCAAAAGCUUAUCAAACACCAGCACUCAAAAGCAGGCAGGGCAAAAGAAAUGCAGGAACAGGAAUCAAAUGAAACAUCAAGAGCUGUAGAAAGUGAAGGGAAUGCAUGUGGCAGCAGAGUUGAAGAAUUACCUAAGGAGACAGAAAUGGACAUUGCUCAGCCUCAGAACAGGGACGGGAUCAAGUCAACAUGUGGGUAUCUCAAAUCCCAGCGAGAUGACAGAAACGGCUCUGCUAGUGAAGACACCAGUUUGUUGGUUGAUGAGUCCCAUCCCGUGUUUUCCGUUGAUGUUUUGGGAGAAGACGUUUCCACGUUAGCAGCUGAGAGGGAGCAGCCAUCAAAGAAUCCUGAUGAAGGAGUGUUAGAUACAACACAGCAUCAUGCUAUCACCGAUGAAAGCUCGUCUCACAGUGACACCCACCUGCCUCAACAAGACGAAAUACCUUUGAACUACAACUUGAAUCCACAGACCCCCGAGAGCACUGCUCCACCUCUGUCAGACGCUGUCGGGUUCAGCAAGAGCUCAGGCUGCGAUCAAGGAGAAACAAAAGAAGAAGAGGACGUGGAUGUUGACGUUCUGAUUUACUCCCCAGACCAAGUGCCUCAGACCGGAGAGUGUGAGAACAGACUCGACUGCAUUGAAAUAACUCCCGAGGAGGAAGAGGAGGAAGAUGUGACCGAGGUUGAUGUGACUGGAGAUGAGGCAGAGUAACAUUUUUUUAUUUGAGCAUAGUUUUUACUAUGUUGUGUGACUAGUUCAGCACUUUGGUGUGCUAAUCACCAUCAGUCACUGUAUAAACUUUGUACAUGCGAGAAUCACAGGCUGCGUGCUGGUUUUGACGGUAAUUUACUUUCAUAUUUAAGGUUCAAAUGGAUGUUUAAUUUCCGUUAAAAUGCGAAAGCAUUGAUUACAAAUAGGGAAAAGUUCUUACUGUUGUUCACAUUUGUCCAUUAUUUUUUAUAUUUUCAGUGAAAUUUGAACUCUCUGAUUUAAGGCAAAAGCACUUCUCUUUUUAAGUAACUAUUGCAGAAAAGAAACCUUAAUUUGAGCCUGUAGUUGUAAAGCACAGUGUGUUGUGUAAAUUACAUAAAUAUUCUUUAUUUCAAAAUAUAUAUUAAUUGCACGUCUGUUUGUUUUUUUGGAGAAACACACUUAUACAUUUAGUUUAAUAAACAAACAAAAAAUAACAUACACGUGAACCCACACAAGGUUUACUUAAUUAGGAAAAACAUUAUUCAUAUAUUUUCAGGGUUUUCUUUUACAGGUAUAUAAAUGUGAUAAGUUUUAGAAUAUAUAUGCUUAGACCUGUUUGUUUAAAGACAAUAUGAGUUGGUCAUGUUUUCAAGAAUUUCAUUUUAUGAAUGUAAAAUUUGCCUAAAAUAAUGAGCAAAUUAAUGACAUUGUUAAUUGCUGGAGAAAUUAGGAAAGGAUUUCACAAAUCGUGUUUUAUGUAACGUUUUCUUACCAAAAUAAUGUCAAUAUUCAACUGAAAAUCAGCCUCAAACAGUCACGUGUACUCGCUGAUUAACUGCUGUAUCGUGAAUGAAUGUGGAGAUGACAGACUGAGGGCGCGCUGUCGCUGCGCUCUGUUUCAAUCCAGCUUUAUUGACAACGGAAGUGGGAGCGGAAACGACACACACGUGUUU